AUGAAGUUGCUGGAGGGACAGUCGCUAACCGUGCCUGUGGGCAGCGCCUUGCUGUUGCUAUGGCUUCUAUACCGCAAGGGUCUUUUCUUCCGGUUUCAUCACAAGUACAACUUCCCCAAUCUCGUUCCCGGAGUACCUCUGUUUGGGAACAUGUUGCAGAUUCCGACCGACACGGCAGAGCGGCGUCUCUACCUCCACAAGUUGGCCGCGAAAUACGGUUCACACUACUGGUUGUUCAUGAACUCUCAACGUGUUGCCAACGAGAUCCUCGACAAGCGCGGGGCGCGGUACAUUUCACACCAGAAUCUACCCAUGCCCGGUGACGUUGCCUCAGGCGGUAAACGAAUCAUCUUCAUGCCGAACCGAAACGUGUUUGCCCCUCUGCAGGAUGUCGAGUCGCGAGCCCUGCUGUACCAAUAUCUCGCCCAACCGGACCUGUGGCACCUAGCUCACGCUCGGACCAAGCGGGGCGACCCGAAUGUCGACAGGAUAAUUGAAACCAACAAUGAGAUCAUGAAGAUGUUCGAACCCGGGUCCAGCUUGAUCGAUUCUUUCCCAUGGCUGGCGUCCAUUCCUCUCCCGCGCUCGAUCCAGCCAUGGAGAUGGUGGGGAAACAGUGUUUUCGAGCAGUACAAGAGGAACUUCAUUGAAGAGUUUCAGGGUCUCACCGAGCGACAGCGGCAGGGCAAGGCCACAACCUGCUUCAUUUCCGAGUUCCAAAGGCUCGGAAGAGACAAGACGCUUGAUUAUGUGUCGACCGUAUUUCUCGCCGGGUCACUUAUAGAAGCCGGAUCCGACACGACGCGUGUGGCUUUGAACCAGCUCUUGGCCGGCGCAGCCCUUUUCCCUGACUCGGUGCGCCGUGCACGCAAGGAACUGGACGAGAUCUGCGGUGCCAACGCUGAGAGACUUCCGGUUGCGAGCGACGUCGACAGCUUGUCUUGCCUUACAUCAAAGCCAUCGGCGAAGAAGUUCUUCGAUGGAAGUGAGAAACCUACCUACCUUGCUGCUACAUCGUUGCCAGAAAUUUCCCACUCACUGAUCGAGGACGACUCCUUCGAAGGAUAUAACCUCCCAGCCGGAACCAAUGCCAUUUGGAAUACCUGGGGCGUGCACAUGGGCGCAUCCGAGUACGAGCAGCCUGGCAGAUUCUGGCCCGAGAGAUUCCUCAACGAGGACCUGGACAAGCCGAUCAAGGGGCACUUGGCGUUUGGAGCAGGCCGCCGAGUAUGCCCAGGAUGGCUCAUCGCCAGCAACAGCCUUCAACUGUUGAUCGCGCGCGUCUUGUACUGCUUCGACUUCCACACAGUACCGGGGCACCCGAUCCCGGUCGGUAAGCCGCUUGACAUCGGAACAGAGAAGCCGUACGAGGUAAAGGUCAUGGUUCGAAGUCCGGCUCACGCGGCUGUGAUCCAAAGGGAGUGCGCAGAGGCGGCAAACAUCGAGUAG